AUGAAGCCGUGGUUUCUGCGCGGUAGGGUAAUUCACGGCUUCGGUCGUGGCGGCACGCAGCUCGGGUACCCCACAGCAAACUUGGAGCUAAGCGAGACGGUUAUCGAGUUCCUAAAGUCGCACAAUAACCUUGUGCUCUGGGGAUGGGGUUGUGUGGAGGCAGCAGAGCCGAACACCGGGGAGGCGCGCGCUGAGGAUGCGUCCCCUGCACCGCUUGGGCCUUUUCCGUUUGUGAUGUCUAUCGGGAACAACCCGCAGUUCAAGAACGUGGACGUCAGUGCGGAGGUGCACUUCCUGCACAAGUUCGACGGCGACUUCUACGGCCGUGUCGUGCGAAUCAUCACGCUCGAGCGUAUCCGCUCGCAAUCCGCCUUCACGACACUGGAGGAGCUCAUCAAGACGAUCGACGGCGAUGUGGUGUUUGCCGAGGAGCACUUGAAGAUGCCUGAGUGGGUGCCGUACGGGCAGCAUGAAAUGGUGAACCCUUCCUGUGUGCCGGCGCAGCUGCACGGCGCAGUCGAGGUUCCAUCCUUCGGUUUUCUUGAGCUUUAG